AUGGCCAACAUCGCAACAUACAUCUUGGCUCCAAACUUCAGUUACCACCCUAAUACGUCCAUUUGUAUCGGCGAUAUCGUGCAGUAUCCUGAUGAUCCCACCAAACCGCUAAGCAGUGUCCCGGAUGCUGAAAUCUCUGGGAAGACCGAGAGCCACUUUGACUACGACAAUGAACUGAGCAGCCAGAACAGUUUCUCUCUUCGCGGCAGCAUCUGGGCGAAUUUUCUCGAGAAAGCCACUGCUAAGAUUGACGGCGGCAAGAGUGACGAGCUGCUGACUAAAUACACGGUCCGACGGCUGGAGACUGUCUACUUCAAGAAGCAGCCGACAGAUACAGAAGCUGCCAAGCGCAUUGAGAGUAGUAAUGAUGUCAGCGCAGCUAUAAAUUCCGGCCUCUUGGGAAAGAAGCCUGUUUUUAUGAUCACUGGACUGAAGAUCGCUCGGGGAUUUACAGUUUCUCGCUUAAUCGAGUCCCAGAGUGAUGCUGCCGGCAAGCCGGGAGCCCCGAUUGCGGAUGACGUUGAGGUAGGGAUGGAUGUGUCAUAUCAUCAUAAGAAGGGGCUGGAUCAAAAACAUCGCAGUGGACAAGACAUCGUGUUUGCAUACCAACUGCACAUGAUUACCCACAAAGGCUGGUUCCAUAAGGCGGUGGAUAUCACUGUCUAUAGAUCACCUGCUUCCUUCUUGAAUGAAGAGGAGAAGGGGAGGGUAGACGCUGAACCGAUUGUGGUGGCAGAAGUUGACGAGUGCAUUCUGCGUGACUCUGACAAUGAGCUGGAAAUGGAGGCUGUCAGUGCUGAAGAUGGUGGUAAGGAUUGCAGAUGUAUUAUGUUCUGCCAAAAUUGA